CAUGAGUGGAGCUAUAGGGCGUUUCCCCAUUUUAUAUUGGAAUUGGACUGGACGUGAUUGUGCGGACUUUCCUUGUUAGGCUUAGCGCUGCAGGGUCCUUUCCGGGAGAGGUUCUCCAUGCGUCAGAUGGAGCUCUCGGAAAAAGUAGUGGACAACGCGAGCGCGACUUCUACGAACAUUAACUCACAUACACCUUUUGCACUGUCUAAGGCAGGAACUCGUCCCGAAACAUUCCACUGAGGUCUUCUUCCUCUUCUCUAGGUAUCCCAAAACGGUAACAGUAUAAUUGACGAGCCCUCCAUACCCUCCUCCCACCAGAUACGCGUUUUCGACAGCUUCUACCAAAGCUACAAAGCUACUGUUCCACCACCAUGCCACCAAAACGAAUGACCGCGAAUCCGGUGCGGCCUGCGCGACAUCGCCCUGGAAAAGCGCUUGCUGCUGCACCCAAUGAAUCAGAUUCAUCUGAGGACGACGAUCCCGAAGAGCAAGAAACAUCACGUCAAGAUGCGCCACCCCCCAAAGCUACAUCCUUUCCCAAGGAUACUUCCAAGAUAGCAACCACCCUCAAGGCUGUCGAUCUCAACACACAGACGCGAAGAGAUCAGCAAGCUCAGGCAGCAGCCGCCGCUAAGAAGAAAGCGGAGGAGGACGAGUUUGAGACGGAGAACGAAGAGGAUGAAGAGGAUGAGAACGAGAGCGGGAGUGAAAGCGGAGAAGAAUCAUCAUCAGAAGAAAGCAGCAGUGAGGAGGAGGAGGAUACUCGACGCAAGUUUAUCAGACCUGUCUUCAUCAAGAAGGCACAAAGAAACGGAGGUACCGUGCCGGAGAAGUCAGAAGAGGAAAAGGCCGAAGAGGAAGAAGCGCGGCGGAAAGCUGAAGCGGAUGAGCUUAUACAGGAGCAGAUUGAGAGAGCUGCGGCGGAGAAAGCAGCGGGCAAGAAGUAUUGGGACGACGAGGACCGUGACCUCGAGGAGCAAGAAGCCGUGGACGAUACCGACGAUCGAGACGUAGAGGCCGAAUAUGCAGCGUGGAAAUUGCGGGAACUAUCUAGGAUACGAAGGGAUCGCGCCAGAAUUGAAGAAUACGAGGCUGAGCUGGCCGAGCGCGAGCGAAGACGCAACAUGACUGCAGCAGAACGUGAGGCCGAGGAUGCGGAGAGAAUAGCACGCGACAAGGAGGACCGCUCCGACAAGCCGCAGGCUGGAUACAUGCAGAAAUACUUCCACAAAGGCGCCUUCUUCACAGAUGAAUUGGCUGCUCAGGGUCUUCUGGAUCGCGACAUCAUGGGCGCCAAGUUCGUGGACGAGACGAAUAAAGAGACGCUGCCAGAGUACAUGCGUAUCAGGGACAUGACGAAACUGGGAAAGAAAGGACGUACACGUUACAAGGAUCUCAAGUCAGAAGAUACCGGUAGAUGGGCAGACUAUGGGUACGACCGAAAGAACGGCGGUUCAUACAACAACAGCGAUGAUAGAUUCAGACCAGACAGACCUGGUGCCACAGGUGCCAAUUCUGCUGCACUCGGUGAGCGGAAACGGUCACUGGCAUCGGAGGAUCGAGAGUCCAAGAGGCCGCGGCGAGAUCAUGGUUGAAUAACGCGGCUAGGAUAGUAAUAUCUUGCCUAUCACUGGGAACCGCUUCUACGAUGCUCAGGCUAUAGGAACAUCUUUGCUGCCCACAUAUCACAGGCUCCGCGUUCUCUGAAAAGUUACAGACUGCAUCUAACGUCGGCAGUCAAGACCAUCACGUUACAGUCCGACCGUCUGUCUACUCGUAUUUAGCUUUCACUGCAUUCAGCUAAGUCGUUCGGUCUUGUUAGGCUUUCUAAUCUACCCAAGCGUACCCACGUUUCUUGUUCUCGACUUCAUCACCCUCCUCUCCUCUGUGGCAUGCUGGCUAGUCUUGCCAUGACGCUGUUGCCGACGACAUAGGCAAUCAAAGCGUACAUGUCGCGAUACAUUCCGCUAAGCUGGACCGUCUUUAUCUUGUUGGCGGUGGAGCAAUCAGUCUCAAGGACUUAUUACAGAAGAAACCCCUUUGAAAACUUGCCUAGCGCACGCUCGCUUACG